AGCCAAUCCAAAUAACUAGCUGUUAGGUUAGGGCAGUGCAAGUGCAGUAUUAGUAUUUAUUUAGUUAACUUAAACUUAGAUUUAGAGAGAAUGAGUUCCCUUACCGCGUAUUCACCAGCAGUGCCCUCCUGCAGCGGAAGUGGCGCUGCUGUGAAGCGGAGACACGACAGUGACUCUGAUAGUUCGGGUACUGCUAUUAAAAUACCGAAAGGCAAUUUCUACAUUGUUUUGGAAUCUGAAUCGGAUAUUUCCUCCUCGGAUGAUGGGACCGAAAGUUUUACAAGUUUGCAGAACAAAUCCACAGAUUUUGCAAGAGACACAUCAGACACCAGCAGCAAGACCAGCCACAACGGAUCGGAUUUUGAGGUGGAAUAUGAAGUGGUGAGCUUGUCUGAAGAGGAAACCAAGGUCCCCUUUGACGGUUCCUGCUCGGGGACAGAUCUGGAGACAUUGAGGAGGAGGCCGGUGGAAGACAGUGCAAGUGACGCCUCCGAUAGCAGUAUGUGGGCGGACAACUCGUCCGGAUCAGAGGAGGCUUAUGACAAAUUCAGGAUACCUGCUAGACUGAGGUUCUGUGUGAGGUGUAAACAGGCUCCUACCUGCGUACACUACUGCACCAAGUGUUAUAAGGUAAGAAAGGACUUUUUCCCCCCCAGACCUAAACUAAACAAAAGAAAGAAGGUGACGAGAUUUCUUUUGAAAAAGAAGUGUUCUAAAGAACCACCAAAAACCCCUGUGGUGGAGGAUAAAAAUGAGUCUGGAAUUGACUCUGGUUGUAGUCAAGAAUUAUUGACUCCAGAAGAAGAGUCUAGUAAACCUGUAGAGAGUGAAAACCUCUGCAAUAUUUGUUUUAAAAAUCAGAAAGAUGGAGCUUUUGUGCAUUGUAGAUGGGUGCACAUUUAUGCAUGUUAUGAAUGUUCGGUGAAAACAUGGUUCACGUCGAGACGUUGCCCGUUGUGUAACGGAAAAGUGAAUAAAGUGCUCAAAGUAGCAACGGGAUAGUGAGCCAAACCAUAGUUAGCUUUUUGUUAUGUUAUUGACUAUUGUUGAAAUGUUUAAAGAGAUUUAUUGUUAAAUUAACUAGAAAUUGAAGAUCGCUGUUUUCAUAAAUUAUUUAUUGAAACCGUUAUUGGUUUUACACUCUGCGGUGAUUUACUACCAUUAGUCUUGCCAUUUGCAUUGUAUUUUUGUAACCGUCAGGAUUUAUGGGUUAACUAAUUUGUCAAGGUUUUAUACUACAUCGACUGUUACAAAUUGUCUAAUUAAACCCUUUCUUCAAAAGUGAGGUUAUUGUCAUUCAAUUUAACCCUUUGAGUGCCAACGUCCGGGGAACCGGACGUUUUUAAAACGAGCCAAAAGUGCCGACGUCCGGCCGACCGGACGUUUUUAGAACGAGCCAAAAGUGCCAACGUCCGGCUGACCGGACGUUUCGUAAUGAUCGAACAGCUGUCAUAACAACCGAAUGGAUACUCGGAUUCUUUUAACCCAUAUAUUAACAUUGAGUCGAAAGUUACUAGAUGCGAUACAUCGAUUUUCGUUGGUCGAAAUAUCGAAAAUUCGAUUUUUACGAAAUUUUAACCUAAAAAUCGCCAGAUCGCGCUCGGCAUUUUUAGCGCGACCUUCGGGAAAAAUCAUCGGCAUUUUUUGAGCGUUACUUUUAUUUCUUGCCUGGCACUCUAAGGGUUAAUAAACGGGUAGAAGAUAUCUAUAAACAUUUAUAGUAUCCAUAAAUAUCACUAGCUAAGGGUAAAACUACAAGAUUUUGAUGUAGAUAAGGCAAAUUUAUCUGUUUGGACUUAAGGUUUUUACAUUAUAAUAACUUGUUAUUUAGUCAUGGUGUAUCAUGGGAUUAGAACUGGGUGAUAUAGACUAAAUUACCAACAAUAUAUUUAGCCUAUGUAAAUCACGAUCCACCUCUUUCAUGCAAGAGAAAUUAUUAUUUGUACCAUUAUGUCCAUUAUAAGUAUGUUUGGAAAGAUGUGAUAAUGCUCGUCUCGUGGUUUUCAUUUUAGGGUGAAAUAGUUCAAAUUAAAUUGUGUAUGGCCCUUGAACCGCUCUAUGGAAUCAUCUGUAUUAAAAUUAAUUAGUCUUGUUCAGAAUAAUAAUUGAAAAUUUUAUUUAAAUGUGCAGAAAUUAAUUUAUACUCAUAAUAUAACCAGAUGCAUCUAACUACAAUUGUGUAGUUGAAUUGAGCGUUUUGAAUUAAUAUUUUUCAUAAACUAAAGUUAAAAAAUAAAAUUUGUUGAUUGUUGCCUAAAACAAUUUUUGUUAAAUAAAGUUAAAGAUUAAUGUAAGGGGAAUGUUAGAUAAUUAAGGGUUUGCUAUUGUUUUGUCUGUGGGUUUAGUUGUUUUUAGGAUGCACCGAUUUAAUAUUUUAAUUGUGUUGAUAAUUUUUUGCAUCUUGACUGCAUAUGAGACUUUAGUUUUUUGUAAACAAGUGCUAGUUUUUCAUUCAGAUUGUUUAACUCUUAAUUCACGUAAAAUGUCUUCCAAACGAGCAUAAUUUCUGUAAUUAUUUGUGUAAUCUGCUGAUUUCAGUUUGAUGUUGAAACAUAACUUAGUCAUUGUAUAAAUAUGUAAUAUUUUUGUACAUUUGUUAAUAAUUAAUUUAUUAAAAGAUAAAUUACUGGUACCCCCUAAUCUGGAGGUGUCAAAUAUAUAUUUAUUAAGCUAAUUAUCUAAAACAUGACUAAAAGAAACUAAUAAAAAUAGGGUUAGUAAA